AUGACUUCUAAAAUGGUAUCAGUGCCUACAAAGAAUUUAAUAUUUACAUCUAUCAGAACAUUAUUGCGGCCACCAGCAAAUAUACCAUUUCAAGGUGUAUAUAGACAGAAUGGUGAGACAGUCUUAAAAGAUGAAUUAUUAAUUGUUCAAAAACGAUUCAAUUGGCAUCCAGGAAGAAAUGUAUAUUUUGAAAUAGAUAGAUCAUUUUGCCUAAUAAAAGCAAUGUUUGAUGGCAAAGUUUUAUUCAGUCGGGAGAAGGUUGAUCUUGAUAUGACAAUACCAGAAAUUAAGAAGGAGUAUGGAUCACAGAUUACAGAAGAUCUUUAUAAAUUAACUGUUAAUGUAAUUCCUUUUGAAGAGAAAGUUCAAGGUGGUGGAUGUUCGGGAUUUGAAUAUAAAUUUAGAUUUGAUAAUAUUCUUAAUAAAAAUCAAGAUUUAGUUUUUGGUGAUAAUGAUGCUAAAGUUGUUGUAGAUGAUAUUAGUAUGGAAUAUUUAAAAGGUGCAACAGUAGAUUAUGUUUCAGAAUUAUUACGGACAUCUUUUAAAAUAGUUAAAAAUCCAAUUGCUGAAAAGGGUUGUUCUUGUGGAUCGAGUUUUGCUCCACGAUUAGAUUAA